ACGAUGUGACGAUCCCAACCUCUUUUUUCUUUCUUUUGUGACCAAGUAGGUGACCCGUGUGCUUGUUCUUGUAUAAGGUAAAGCCGUAAUCGGCGACUUGCACAUUGAAUUUAAAUCAUCUACUCUAAUUUAUAAAAAAAAAUAAAAGAUAAAAUGUCGACAAAGGCAGAACUUGCUUGCGUUUACUCCGCACUCAUCCUCGCUGAUGAUGAUGUAGCUGUCACUGGUGAGAAAAUUCAAACAAUUCUCAAAGCAGCGAAUGUUGAUGUUGAGCCUUAUUGGCCAGGACUUUUUGCAAAAGCAUUGGAAGGUAUCAACAUCAAAGAUUUGAUCACCAAGAUCGGAUCUGGCGUUGGAGCAGCUCCAGCAGCUGGUGCACCCGUUGCUGCCGCCGCUGCUUCAGACGCAGCUCCUGCUAAAGAAGCAGAGAAAAAGAAGGAAGAACCUGAAGAAGAGAGUGACGAGGACAUGGGCUUCGGUCUCUUCGAUUAAUAAAAAUGAACAUCGGUAAAUUAUGUAAAAAAAA